AACGAAAAUCAAGAUCAAGAGAUAAUGUCGGUAAGAUCAAUGAAGAUCAAAGGUUAGAUUGAAUAUAUAAUAUAUAUCCUCAGCGACAACAUUCAUUUCUUAUAUCUAAAUAAAUGGGUUUAAGAGUUAAACUGAAGACGGAAGCAGAGAAUUAUGAAGAGACGGUGGCCAAGCUGGGCGAGAAAGUGCGGUCCAUCGAAAAAAUGACAUCCGACGAGAUUGAGAGAGUGAAGUUCCGGCACGAGUCAGAGCUGAAGGAGCUUGAGCACCAGCUAGAGCAGACGAGAGCAGCAAAGGAGGAUACAACCAGGGAGAUUGAGAGAUUGCAAGUAUCCCUUAUGAAGGCAGUUGCGCAAGCAGAGGACAAGCAUAACCGGCGAGAGCAACAUCUGCGACAAGAGAAGGAAGCAGCACUGAUGGAGCUGGAGGGACGUCUAGCGGAAACAGACGCGGAGCGGAGAAGUGCGCAGGACAAGGCAGAGAGAUUGGCAAACGAAGUGGCCCACCUGCAUGCGGUACGGGUUACGGUAAGCGACUUACGACCGACGACCGACGACCAGCUGGAGUCCAAGGUUGCGAAGAUUGGCAAGAGUGUCGCGGCGGUCUGCCAGUUUGUUGAAAUCGAACAGCAUAAGAAGGCUGCUAAGGAACAGAAAAAGAUGGAGAAGAAGGAAGCCGAGGAGCGCGCGGCUGCUGAACGCCUGGAAGCGGAGGCUAAACGUAAGAAGAAAGAGGAAAAAGCUCGGCGCAAAGCUGAGAAGUUUGAGGAGGUUAAUAAAAAUCUCGACAUCAAAGUUGCGCUGCGAGUCGGUGAAUUGCGAGAGGAUGUGAGGGAGGAUGUUCGAUUGGAGAUUAAAGAGGCGAUUGGCGAAUUGUGCCGAGUGGUAGCUCGGGGAAAGCAGAAGGUUUCUCCCGUUGAUCCCGAUCACGAGGGCAACGCAAGCAGCAGUGAUACGGACGAACUUAGUCAACGCACGCGCAACUUAUGUUUGUCCGAGAAGCGGAAGCGCGGGCCGGAGCCGUUCUUUGAAGGAAGUCCACCCAUGGAACAACCACCGAAGUGAACACCGCGGAAGGUGACGAAACCUGCGCAGUUGACGGAACGACUUACGCGCGCCAAAGCUAAACGACAAGAGAACAUGCCUACGCCGAAGAAGACACCGCCGUCGAUCCGGAAGAAGUCUGAUGCGCCCGGCCUCGGCAUCGUGAAACGAUUAAAGUUUGAGAAGAAGAUCAUGAACGAUUUGAAGGGAUUGGAUGCACUCGUGUUGCAGAACAUCUGCAAGGAUGAGGGCAUCCCAUAUGGAGGUGACCGCUUAAUGUUUGGACAGGGUUGGACUGAUACUCAGUGUAGGAGUAGUUCCGUGGGAUGACGAAUGAUUGUUGGAUCUAGUAGUAGGUUGCCGUUGUUUGGCUGUACCAGUAUGGGACUGUUUUUUAAAAGGGCCUUUACACGAUGAAGGCCUCAGGCCUUGUAAAAGUAAAGCAGCACGGGCCUU